GUCCCCUCACCGAGUAACACAAAUUGAUCAAUAUAUGGGAUAUACGAUCCCUGAAGGUGCUACCGUAUUCGCCAACAUUUGGUCAGUAUGACUCUUCUUCUUUCUGUUUGACUCUGACUCUUCUUCUGCAUAGGGCCAUGGAGGUGUACACAGAUCCAUAUACUUUUAAUCCUUCGAGAUUCCUACUGGGUGAAAAUGACAGACUACCUGAAACUAUCCUCUCAAGUUCGCGUUCGGACUCUUCGGAAGACGAGUGUGUCCUGAGGCCCGAUUUGCGGAAGACAGUUUCUUCACUAGCGCAACUCGAAUCCUGGCCACAUUUGAUAUUCAAAAAGCUAUUGGCGAUGAUGGAAACAGACUUGAACCUGCAAUUUAGUUCACAUCUGGUUUAAUUCGGCAUGCAAAGCCGUUCCUGUGCCAGUUUGUUUUGAGAGACGGUUUGGCGGGGGCACAGGUGCUUAAUAGUGAUAUGGCUUAACAAGGUGCUUGCUUUCCUCUUAUUUAAGGUUAUAAUUAACCACAUGGAUUAUGAUACAACACAAAUGUACUAAAUAAUACAGAGAUUUAAUAUACAAGAUUGACAGACU